GUUACGUUCCAAAUCCAAAGCGCUGGAGUCCAGAGCAAAACAACGACAAAUGUGUCACUGUCCCAAUACUUUUGGAGCUCACUAUAUACGUAUACAGUUAUAUAACUGUCUGUCUCUACUUGGGCUCCUCUUCUAGGCCUAUAACAACACUCACAGCACGGUCAUGUCUAGAACCAUCUACAACGGGAACAAAUCCGACGAUAACUGCACCACUGUGGACACCCUGAUGAAACACUACUACCUGCCCGUCAUGUACAGCGUCAUUUCCGCUGUGAGGCUGCUGGGUAACGUCACCUCCAUCGCCAUCUACCUGAUCAAGCUACGACCCUGGAAGUCCAGCAGUAUCAUCAUGUUCAACCUGGCGUUGACGGAUCUUCUGUAUGUUCUGAGUCUGCCUUUCAUGGUCUACUACUACACCAACGGUGAAUCCUGGACCCUGGGCGACUUCAUGUGUCGCUUUCUGCGUUUCGGGUUCCACUUUAACCUAUAUGGUAGUAUACUGUUUCUCACCUGUUUGGCUGUGUUUCGAUAUGUCGUGGCGGCGCAUCCUCUGAGGGCGGCGCAGGUGCAGCAGAGGAGGUGGGGUAUCUUGGCGUGCGCUGUGGUCUGGGCCAUAGCUGUGGCAGAGAUUGUGCCCAUGCUCACCAUGAUCACCAUGGAGACUAAAAACAACAAGACCCAUUGUUUGGACUUUGCUAGCGGCGACCCGGCUGUCCUGUGGUGGUACGGCUGGCUGCUGACCGUGCUGGGCUACCUGCUGCCCCUGGUGGUGGUGGUGGUGUGUUACGCCGGUGUGGUCCGUGAACUAGCCAAGGGGCCCCACACCCACAACCCUUGCCGGGUACGGGUACGCCGCCUCAACGUACUGAUCCUGGUGGUGUUUGUGGUAUGCUUCCUGCCAUACCACAUCCUGAGGAUCCUUAGAGUAGACACCAGGAUGAAGCCUGAGUCGUCAUGUAUGCUGGUGCACUGGGUCCACACCGCUUAUAUCCUGUCCAGGCCCAUAGCGGGGCUCAACACCUUCUUUAACCUGGCUCUGUACACCUUGGCCGGGGACAAGUUCCAGCAGGCCUUCCUCAGUGUGUUCCCCUGGGGUUCCUGGUGGACCAAGUUCAGGACUCACCUCAAAAUCAGCCUGGCUGUCGUCAGUAAGCCCAGUAACACAGCUUCAGCCGAAAGGUACGAGGAGGACAAGAAGGAAUGGAGCGGGAUGCUGAGGGAGAUGCUUUACGCCGCUGGCUCCUCCUGCGUAGCCAUGCGCCUCAAUGCUGCCAAGAUGCCCAAACUCUAG